UUUUAACUAAAUUUUUAUUCAAAUUAAUUCUUAAAAUCUGACCUUUUUUCUUUCUAAAUAUUUAAUGUUGACGGCAAGAUUCUUUUGAAUUCUCUACUCUAAUCUUACCAUCCAUGUAUGUCGAAAUUAAGGAUUUUUGAGCGAUCAAAGAUUGGGGUUUCACGUUCAUUUUAGCCUGCACUUAAAUAGCUUAGGGUUUCUCCAAGACAAGCUUAAAGCCUUAACCAAAAUUAGGCCCAUGAAAAAAUUGUAGUCUCAGAAAUGCAAUUAAAAAACACCCGGGUCCAAACAGGAAGAAGAAAACAAAGUAGCAGCGGUUCCAAACCCUAGGGUUAAGGAGUUAAAAAUCUUAUAAAACAGCCGCUAUCACUUGUUUCUUAUCCUUCUCCGCUACCUAAGACAGAGAGAGAGAGAGAGAGAAACACAGAGAGGGAGAAAUGGUUUCUCUGAAGCUACAGAAGCGGCUCUCCGCGAGCGUUCUAAAGUGUGGAAAAGGAAAGGUUUGGCUCGAUCCUAAUGAAGUCAACGAGAUCUCUAUGGCCAACUCCCGCCAGAACAUAAGGAAGUUGGUUAAAGAUGGUUUUAUCAUCAGGAAGCCAACCAAGAUUCACUCUCGAUCUCGUGCUCGUCGCAUGAAGGAAGCCAAGAGAAAGGGACGUCACUCUGGAUAUGGUAAGCGCAAGGGUACAAGGGAGGCAAGGUUGCCCACAAAGAUCUUAUGGAUGAGAAGGAUGCGUGUACUUAGACGCCUACUCCGCAAGUACAGGGAAUCAAAGAAGAUUGACAAGCACAUGUACCAUGACAUGUACAUGAAAGUCAAGGGUAAUGUGUUUAAGAACAAGAGAGUCCUCAUGGAGAGCAUCCACAAAUCCAAGGCUGAGAAGGCCAGAGAAAAGACAUUGGCUGACCAGUUUGAAGCUAAGAGGGCUAAGAAUAAGGCAAGCAGGGAAAGGAAACAUGCUAGGAGGGAGGAGCGAUUGGCCCAGGGACCUGGAGGAGUAGAGAAGCCAGUUGCAGCACCACCUGCCGCCACUGCUCAACCAGCUGGUGGUUCCAAGAAGUCCAAGAAGUAAGGAGGACCCUCUGGCGAAGAAGUGUGAGCCAUGAAUUUAGAAACAUGUCCAAGUAGUUUUUUUGUCGAGCCAGUCUGCUGUUUUGGUCAUUAUGAACUUGUUUUAAGUUGGAUUAAGGUUUCAUGAUUUUGUUCUCAGUUUCCAUGCUGUUUUGUUUACUUUUUUCUGACAUUUAUUUAUUUUUGCUAUGGUUUCAUUGAUUUCUAAA